UCGCGAGCGCGGCACUUAAAUAUAGUGUCGUCCUUUCGGAUGCAUCGUAUUAUUUCAAUCCAAGGAAUCUAUCGUUUGUUUUUAAGGUACCCAAGGCAUGGGGAAAUUAAGGGAACUAGAGAUUAUUUUCGACGGGGAGGCAAAUUUGUUUUCUCAGAAUGACAUCAUCAAGGGUGAAGUUGUGCUGACUGUGGACAACGACAAAGGAUACGGCUUGAAAGACGUUAAAGGUGUAUGGGUCCGAUUUCGAGGCAAAGCCAAGACCAAAUGGACCACCACGACACGACAUCAACAAAAGACUCGUCAUCACACCCACAGUCUGAAGGAAAAUUACUUCGAUACUUACGUAGUUUUGUUUGGAACAGCAAGAUAUGAUCACGAUGAGCGGGGUUUACACAUUCCUCCAGGCAGGAACAACAUUCCCUUCCAGUUCCAGCUUCCGGCCACGCCCUUGCCAUCCCCCUUCGAGGGGAAGUACGGCUACGUCCGCUACCAAGCCAAGGCGACAGUGUCACUAAUCCGAACAUUCUCUAACAAAGACUACAAAAGCGAGAGGUUUUUCAGUUUGAUCGGACCCAGCCUGGAUCUCAACCAACAUCCUGAAACCCUGGAAGAAGUGCAUCGCAGCCAAGAGGUAACGGACUGCUGUGGCUGCACAUGCACCCCGGAGAUGCUGAUCACAGCUGGCCUGCGGAAAACAGGUUAUGUUCCCGGGGAAGGCAUCUUUGCCACCGGUCAGGUGGAUAACCGUGAAGGGAACGAGACAGUGGCCUUUGAACUGACCCUGCUUCAGGUUAUUGAGUUCCGAUCAAGAGGCAAUACCAAAUCAAAAACGUAUUCUCUGAGUCAUUUUGAGUCCGACGUUUCGUGCCCAAAGGGUCAAGUGACAAACUUCACCGUUGGCCCGUUACUGGUGCCCCCGGUACCAGCUUCCGGCCUUCUCGGAUGUAGUAUCAUCGGCAUAGAGUAUUACGUUGAGGUGGAAACCGAAGGAUUUAGUGCAACAUUCGAAGUAAUUAUUGGUACCGUGCCUCACCAAAUAGUUAGCGGGCCGUCCACCGCUGCCACUGCUCCGCCCAUUGGUUUCGAAGGAAUAGAAUUGUCUGGAUUCACCAACGCUCCCUCAGCCUCUCCACCGGAGGCACCCCCUCCACCGAGUUACGAGGAGGUAGUCGGCGUGGUAGACCGACUGGCUCCAGAGAGGGACCCGGAAGAGUAUUUUGGUAACAAGCAGUUCGUUCCUCGCUAUCCUUACUUUAAUCUGCAGGCCGACGGGGCUCCUGUUCAUCAGUAAUGAAAAGAAAAGAAGGCAAAAGAAUGUAUUUUCCUACACUACAAGAAAUGUUUUAAACUCAUCUUACUUUUUUUAAAAAUGUUAUCCACCAUAACUAAACCAUGUUUGUUAUGUAGUUUUACCAUAACUCAGCCGUUCAUAACCGCUCCGGCGACAGUCCAAAUGCACACUGCAAAAACUGUGGUGUUUAAUUCAACACCUGCGGUGUUAUCAGAGGACUACACCUACACUUUUCACUGGUGUUAAAAAGCUUGGUGUUAUUUUAGCGCUCUUGGUAUUACUUUUAACACGUUCCAGUGCACACUCUAAAAGUCCCGAUUCAGAUUGACCCAGGAUUUCGUCCCAUUCGGCAUGACCCUUUUCCGAAUUAUGACCUAGUAAGUGUCAAAUAUGAUCCAAAAGGAGUUUUAGAGUGCAUUGUAACACUUAUAAGUGUGUAAAGUAACACCGGCGUUGUCAAAGUAACACCCUGUGGUGUGGUCAUCUUAAAUAUUUUGUUUCUAAAACACAACAGUUUUUGCAGUGUAGCUUUGUGUAACACACACGCAAUAAACUACCUCUUGGAUUGGUCACAUCAUGUUUGACUAACGUCAGCGUGUCAACGUUUACUUGAAAAAGUCAAAAUAAGGAUACAUAUUUGUGAUGGAAAACGGAACAUGAGAAAUUCAGUGUUGGUUAAGACUAUACACGAGGUAUAGUGGUAGAGACUACCACGUAACAAAAAUUACUGUGUUGCGAUAGCACUGUAGACACCUUCUGGCGCGAGAUAGCUUCAGGCAAGGCCGUUGUGUUGAUUCCCAAAGUUAAUGUGUUUUUUUUCAAUGACUACUCAAAUUUAGGUAAAAAAAAAAUGGCUGCGUGUCUUUGUUUGCACGCGUCACGCGUUGAGUAUGUAUUUACCAGUUAUUUGAGAAUUAAGAAAUUUAAUAUCUCUACAGCGUAUUUGGAUAUUAUUAGUAUCUUGUUCGUGGUGUGAAUGGCAUUAGAUGUCGCCCUGGCCUAUUUGCCACCGUAGAGGGGGCACUUGUGUACCACAGAAAAAUUGAACGUGUGCGUGUUUGUUUCUUUCAACCGUAACCUACCUUGCAGAAUAAUAGCUAUAAACGUGCCAUGUUCACUUUUCACGCCCGUGUUUCAUGUUUGUUACCUUAGCCCACGGAUGUAUAUAAAAAAAACCUGGACAUGCAAUGCCUUUGUAUGGAAAAGAAGCCAACCAGCGGCCAUUUUACCGAGCAGAAUACAAAAGCGCGGGUUGGCCCCCUUCUAUUGACGUCAGAAAGAACAAAGCAGGAAAGCUUUGUAUUCGGCCCGGUAAAAUGGCCGCGAGUGGAUUCAAUGACUCUGUGAGCUGAUUUAAGGGCAUUGUGAGUCCAGAUUUUAUUAUACACGUCCGUGUCUUAGCCCCAGCUGGCUAGAAUGUACAACCGGUGGGUAGUUGGGCAGAACUGGUGCUAAAUAUUUUGUGCCUAAUAGGGUGUGUGCAGUAGCAGCAUGCCAUGCGUGUUGUCGUUUCUCCCUGCAAUACGUCAAUGCUAUAGCAUCGUUGUAGUUAUAAUAAUCCGUUGACGAAACUUGUCUCGAGUAAAAUUGAAAGGUUUGCAUGGUUACCACAGUUAUCAGACGAAAGAUUCUCAUUCCUGUUAAUAUUUAAUAAAAAAGUGAUGAACGUUUGUUAAGAAGAAAAUGGUAUUGCAUUCUCGGCCUUUCGGUUUGAUAUGAAGACUUACCUCAGAAUGUGCUGAUAUUUCCUUUAAAAUGUUUCAACAUUUUUUUUAUCUACAGCUGAAAAAAGUCUUCAUUCCUAAACAUUGUAGUGUCAUCUAGAAAGUGUUGUUAUUAUAAAAGUUACUCAUUGUGAAAACGCUUUGUGAAAUAUUGUAUGCGGUACGUUAAAGGAACUUUAGAGCCCCGAAGCAAAUUAUCACAGUAAAGAUUAUAUACGGGAUGGAAUUUCUGAAAUAGACGUCAGGGCACGCUUAUCUUCUUCCAAGGUGUCACUGAGGUACGAAAGCUGGGGGGCGGCGGGGGGAAGGGGUUAGGUUACCCCCCCAUCAUAUUUACACCACUGAAAGCAUACACUGUAUAGCAAUUAACGUAAUCUUUGAAAGGUCGCUGCACCAUGCGAUAAAACAACUGUUAAUGGGAAUUUUGGAGAGCGAAAAGAAUAUUGAGAACUGGUUCAGAUACUGCCUUUUAAUGGCAAGUUAAUAAUCAACAAAAUACCUGUAAGACGUAAUAGACACCAGUGUGUAUUUCUUGUUUGUAGGUUGCUUGUUUAUGGCUUUAAAAGCUCUUAUACCCAUGUAAAUAUGCCUGUCCUGAUGUAGUUGAGUGUUCAUUCUGGAAAAAAAAUUGUCCAAAUGUGCUGGGCCAACCUGUACCUCUAAAGAAAUCCAUGCAAUCAUCCUUUUACAAGAAUCUUUUUUAACAUUGCGUAUCGGAAAAGGCAAUCCGACUCUAGGGACGAGUAUGCCAAGGUUAUUUAAGUUUAAGUGUUCACUAUAACCGUGACUAAGAGUUUCUCAUCAUCUUUUCAUUGAUGCCUUUCUUGCUUUGUUGCUUAUGGUCAAGUGCAUCGUUGCAUGUAAGAAAUGUAAAUGAACCCGAUGAUGUUAAUAAAAUAGAUUAAGAA